UGUCGCUUUAAAGAAUCGGAUGACUUGUGCGAGAGGAAAAUACGGCGAUGAUUCAGAACGCUUCGGGUUUCUCGACCUGUCCCUCUCGGUCUUCUCGUUGUCGGUCAUCUGGCUGACGCCAUCUUCGUUCUUCUUUUUUGUUUAAGUGUCAACUUUUCGAGACUAUACGAUAUACAGUGAAUCGCGCGGAUUACACUUUACGAGUGCGGUUAGCAAGUGCGAUGAACGAACAUCGAACGUUUCGCUGACCUGAAACGAAUAAGUGUGAACACGCGAUAUGAGUUUGCGUCGUAGCUCUAGCCUACAUCCCUGAAAGAUUGCAAGCCAGAAAGAAGUCGUUUGCCAUCCAAGUGUCCAUGUAAAAGUCAUUCACUAGAACUCUCCCCCUUUGAAGUAUUGUUGGGAUGACUUGGGCAAACCGAUCGAUUCGCACGAACAUAAAAAAUCUGCCGAGACUCGCAUUGCGCUCGAAGAUUGUCGAAAACCUUAUCGCCGUGUCGAGUGUCGCUACGAAAGUUGACUUUACACGCAGUAACGUAGCAAACUGGCGUUUAUGCAAAAUUAUUCGAGCCUUCGCACGAUCGAGGGACAAACAGCCUGCCUCCCUCUCUCCGUCUUUCUUUGCUCCGAUUCUUCUACAGCAGAAGAAAGGAUGGUAUUGGACCCCAAGGUCACGAGUUUGCACAGUGAUUACGGAAGCUUCGAUCGACCAUUGGGCGCCGGCGAGGGCCACGAGAGGGACGUCGAAGCCGCGGUUGAUGGAAGCAGUAACGGGAUGGCACAGUCGAGCGACGUUUACCAGCGACAACCGUUAUUACCUGGUGCGCCGACCAAAGGGAAAGACAAGUGGUCCGGGGUGGCAUCCGGAUCGGACUAUUACGUGGACGAAGAAGACGAGAAGAUCGACAGCCUCGGACGCCAUCCCGGGAUACCGAACGGUUCCGGGAAUGGCAUCGUUAAGCUAGACAUACCUGCGCCCCUCCGCGAGGAGCCCCGUUUCCCUAAGGAAAAAUGGAAAACUUUCCUUGCAUUUUUGUUUAUGGUCGUAAACUUCAUCCUAACGACAGCGUCCCUUGCAAUGGUGCACGAAAAGGUCCCCGACAGAAGUACGUAUGGACCGCUACCGGACGUGGUGUUGGAUAAUGUCGCCGCUCAGGAUUGGGCCCUUAACGUGUCGGAAGUUUUGAUUAUGAUAAUGUCCAACUCAGCCAUGGUUUUUAUUAUUUUUCACAAGCAUAGAUUUAUCGUUGUUAGGCGGGUGUUUCUUUUGAUGGGGUUGCUGUAUAUGAUGAGGAGCGUCACGAUGUACGUGACAGUACUGCCGGUAGCCAGUAAGACGUAUUUCUGCAGUCCGAAAGCGAACAACACGAGUCCGCUUCUUAUUACGAAGAGGGUUUUACAGCUCAUCUCUGGCUUCGGCUUGUCUAUAAACGGCAAGCACACUUACUGCGGAGAUUACAUUUACAGCGGUCACACGGUUGUGCUUGUACUUAGUUACCUGAUUAUCAAGGAGUAUUCUCCGAGAAGAUGUAAGCCAAUUCAUUGGCUGGCGGGCAUAACUGUUGUUGUUGGGGUAAUAAUGGUCUUGGUGGCUCACGGACACUAUACCGUGGACGUCCUCAUAGCUUACUACGUAACCACACGCUUAUGGUAUAUUUAUCAUACGUUAGCUAAUAAUUCGCAUCUUAAGCAAUACGAACCAAACAACUUUUUGGCCCGGCUCUGGUGGUUUCCUAUGUUCAAAUAUUUCGAGAAAAAUGUGGGCGGCACGGUGCCACGACAAUACGAUUGGCCUUUACCCUGGCCUCGACGUUUCCUUGCCAAGCACCCGAACCGGGACAGUUAAUGUCCGCCGUGACUACACGAUAGAGGCUCUCAAACAACGGAGUUACUUUUGUUGUAUUUGUACAUAUAUAAACAUAUAUAAAAGCUUUACUAGAAAAGUGGUACAAGAGACGCGCCCAAGCUUCCGUCAAGCUUCCAUUACGAAGUCUUGAUAGAAGUUUUCUGCAGUGUUCACUCUUCUCGAGAACUUUACGACACGAACGAUAGACGACGAGGCGAAUAAGAAUGAACAUAAAAAAAAGGAAAUGAACAAGAGAAUGGAUCAAGGGAAACACAACCAUUGGAAGACGCUCGUACUGUCAUGUUCGUUAUCGUCCAAUCGCGAAACCUAUUUUUCCUUGAUUUUGAUACGACUUAUACAUAUUGUAAGGGAUAGGCAACUCGAUAGUACCGAUGUUAGUCCUCAUCAGAAGAAUUCAUGUGUAGAUGAAGGAGAGGAGGUAUCCGAGAGUUACCGGUCAGAUUAGUGUAUAAAAACGAAGAAAAAAGACGAAUUAAAAUGAAAAAACAAAUGCUUAGAUAUCUCUAUUUUCAGAUACUCCGAAAUGUGAAGAUACUUAGGAUUAAUCGCUGAUCGAGCGUGAUUCACACUCGCGAACUGUACUAAUUGUUAAUACGUAGAAUCAAGGCGCAAGCUGGCGGACACACUUUUGUAAACUUUCGAACAACGACACGCAAUUGGAGAAUGCGAGGCGUCACUUUAAUGUACGCUGAACGCAACUUUUUUUACAGACCCGGGCGCCGAUUCUUUCACCUGUAGAACAUCAAUGAUACGGGCUACACCGAGACCGUCAAAUAAUAAAAUUCAUUUAAUAUUUCGUCGUUCAUACUUCAGGAAACGCGUAACUUUAUUGUAUGUCGAAUCAGACAAUAAGUAGUGCAGAAUCUUGAAUGCAAGUAAGACGAACAAUUAUUUGAUGUGCGUAUCGAAUAAGAAAAUAAUUGGGAUCUACAUUCCGGAAAUAGUUACAAAAGGUAUCUCACCUUCCGAAAACAUUGUUUCAGGAUUUCUUCCUUUUUCCAAAACGCUGUAUAAAUUUAUUAAUUAAACGAUCGAUAAUUAUUUGAAUAAUCGUUCGAAAGUAAUCGAAUGACGCCCAGGUCUGCCUUGUAUGCCGCGAGACCUUCCUCUGGUUGCUACUUUUCAGCUGUUAUUAAUCUCAAUCGACUUCCAAAUACUAAGACGAUGGUCGUUUCUUUUUUUGUAAUUACACAGAAAGAAAAGAAAACGGCGGCAUGCCUUAUUCCGAUGAAAGUCAGCUGAAUGCGUAUUAGAAUCUUUGUAUUUGAGAUUGGUCAAUUACUGUUCGUUUCUCUCGAAUCUAUGUAUCGCCGUAUGUAGAUCCCUUUCCAUCCCACCCCCUCGAAAUUGGUGUCCAUUAAAUGAAUUGGCUCACGCGUAGUUUCUUGAGCGAUCGCGCAAAUUUCGUGGGACCAAGCAGAGAGCAGAACGUGUAAAGGGAACGUAGAACCGAUUGAAAGUAAUUGUUAUUGAGAAAUGGGACUGGUAGCGGUAGUAGCUAUAUUGGAUUCGUCAAGAACACAGACGACGUAGUGUUUCAGCUAUAUUCGAACGCCGUUGCUCUAGUUUUUUCGUUAGACGAUGAUUUUUUCAAUGUCAAUCGGAGAGACUGUAAUGUGUUCUAUUCGAAAAAAAGGCUUACAGGAAAAUCACUUUACCAACGACGACACGACGCGGCAUUCGAUUUUUAACCGAUCUAUUGUGAUAAGAAGAUACUAUUGCGCAACUGCGAAAUUCGUGAUUCCUCGGAAUAAGGACGUCUUUGCAUUCUGUAUACACACCAAAUGUUGUCACGCGUACACGAAGACGGAGAUGCGAACCGUGCGAGGAAAGCAACGUGUGCAAAUCCUAUACUAAUGGUUCUGAGCGUGAUUGUUCCAAGCUCAAGAAAUAAUUUCUAUCUCUGCCAGUCGUUCAAACAAAACGCAUGAAAAUCUUACAAAGUUAAGAAGAAAUAGUUCAUAGAUGAUAAUCGGAAAGGUAUUGCGACUAGUUAACUACGAAUGCUGAUGCGAAUUUGUAUGAUUGUAAUAUGAUUAGUUCAAUGAAAUGUGGGUUAAAUUAAUUAUUCGAUUAUAAAAUUUGGAUGAGAAUUAAUAUCUUAGUGCAUUGUUUUGUAUACUUGUAUCGAUAUAUAUUCAUGAUUCUGUAAAGUCAUAGUUCUCACGUGAUACAAUUAUAAGGAUCAAUACGUACACUACAGAUGUUCACAUAAAUUCCGAUUUUUACGAAUAAAUUUGCAAAAAGAUAGCAUCGAACAGGCAACGGUGAUGUUACCAAGUUGAAAGCGCAAACUAUACUCGCCAAUUCGUCGUACGGUUCUCUCAUCCACCGAUCUUCUACCAUCUCGUUAUUUCGCGAUAAUGAUUCCUUGCGAUUCUUGCCCCGCUCUAACGUCAAGGAGCGUCCUCUUUAGUUUCAUCGCCAUUUCAUCUAUGAGCUACUAGCACAAACGCUUCGGAUAUCUUCGUCGCUCCACGCGCGGAGGUUGUUCAGUGAAUCUCAAUUUACUCCAUUUUCGCGUGGGUACGUUAGAACGAGUUGAUGAAGGAAAUCGAAAACGAAGAAAAAGAAGAAGAAGAAGAAGAAGAAGAAGAAGAAGAAGAAGAUGAUGAUGAAGAAUAAAAAGAAGAAUAAAAAGAACACGAUGAUAAACGUUGAAACUGAUGAUGAUGGUUUAUAAAUUGCGGAGUCUCGUGCAUAGUUUAAGCAACGUUAACCAAGCGAUUUGUUGUCUUCUGCACACAUGGUUUAUUAUUGUUAAUGCUCGUGCAGAACUCUCGUUACUCGUCAUGCGAGUUAUCCACAUGUUCGAUGGACGCCUUGUUUUCGGCAUCCCUCUCGAUGUUACCGUAAAUAAUAUUAAAGCAAACGAAG